AUGCCCAAGUGCUCUUAUAGCUUUCAAAGCGCUAGCAUGUUUGAGAUGGCGGUCAAAAAGCAUGUUGAAGAGAAGAAGCCGAAACAACCACAGACGACUAACACGAAGAUUGAGUUGAAGUCGUUCACUGGCAAAGAGAACUUCACACUAUGGCAAAGAAGGAUGAAAUACACCCUAGCCCAUUAG